GAGAGAAAAACCAAAAAAAGAGCCCUGGUGGUGACACUGAAAAAAUUAAGAAAAAAAAAAUACAAAAAUCAUUCAGCACUAGACAAGCAAUUUCGGAUAGCUGCAUCAAGGAUUUGGCUGAGUUGGGUGUGUUAUUUGGGAAUCAAGCAAGAAACUUUUUCCAGAUUUCGUCUAGAGCUCUAGCCGCCAGCCUUUCAAUAGGCAGUAAAAAUAAUAAGAAAACCAGCUUCAAGGAACCAUUCAUUAUUCUUGUCAACACAUUGGGAGGGGACUUUACUAAUCUUACAUGCUCGGGGAAAUCUGUCAGAAAUGAUUCUACAGUGGAGACAGCCACUGUACUCUCUGAGUGUGAAGUCGAAAUUGAAUCCUCCUGCAACCAUUCUUUAAACACUGCCGAGGAGCUGCAAAUAUCCGAGUGCAGGAAUGCAACGGAUAAAUUCAGGACGAUGUACUUGACCCUUUUCGGAAACGGAAAGACUGUUACAGAGCUUUGUUCUGGAACAGCUGAUAAAACUCUGGUUGCCUUGGCGCAACAAGUAAAGAAUUGUUCAUUUUUAACAAAUAGUGGAAGCGUAGCACAAAAUAUACCUUCGCAGAGAAAUAAAUGCAAUAAAGUUUUUGCAAAGUGCCGAGGAGCAGAAAGAGACAGUAUUGCAGCAGUUGAUAGAUGUGCAGUGUGCCCAACCCCAGGAGAGGCUAAACAAGAACUUGUUGUUUUAGAGAAUCUUGUUGGGGCUUUGGAUAAAUCUGAAGCAGCGGUUGGAGCUGCUCUUGAAGUUGUAGGACUUUCAACUGGACCAGGGGCAGACGGGACACUUCCUCAAGUUGUUACUCAAAUCAAACAAGUUCCAGAGGCUCCAGGAUGCCAAGAAGUAUUAGAUAGUUAUAUCAAAUUCAAUAAAAGUGCGGAGGCUAUUGGCUCAGAUCCAAACAAGGCUCUAAAUCAAGUUCAGACCUUAAGUGCAACAAAAUUUCUCAAUGAAAUAGGAAAUAGACCUACCCUUGUCAGUGAUAUCCGGUCCUGCACAAAACAAGAAGCAAAACAAGCAACAAUUCUAGCAAUAUCUUAUAUCAGAUUUUAUCUAUAUUGGUCAAUUCAAUGGAGGAAAAACAUAAUCCUUGUCCGAGUAGCAGUUGUUGCAAUCACCUUUAAUAUACCUUCACCAUUAGUUCCAUCUGUAACAACUAUUGUUCCAGUAACAACUAUUGCUCCAGUUACAACUAUUGCUCCAGUUACAACUAUUGCUCCAGCUACAACUAUUGCUCCAGCUACAACUAUUGCUCCAGUAACAAAUAUUGCUCCAGUUACAACUAUUGCUCCAGUUACUACUAUUUCUCCAGUUACAACUAUUGCUCCAGUUACAAAUAUUGCUCCAGUUACAACUGCAACUCAAUUUACAACUACUGCUUUAGUAAUAACUGCUCCGGUAAAAACUGCACCAGCAACAACCACUACUAGAGAAACAACAACCACUGCUAGAGAAACAACUACUGUUGUAGGAGAAACAACUACAGAGGAAGAAACCACAACAGGAGGAAAAACAUCUACAAAAGGAGAAACAACUACAGAGGGAGAAACAACUACAACAGGAGAAACAGCUACUGCUGGAGAAACAACUACAGUAGAAGAAACAACUGCCGCAGGAGAAACAACAACUUCAGGAGUAACAUCUACUAUAGAAGUAACAACUACAGCAGCCACUUUUAUUCCUACUUCCACUGCUACUUCUACAACUACAACUAUUAACGCUUUAACAGAUACUAUGCCUCCUACUACUACAACUUCUCCUACGACUACUUCUGCUACUGCUACUACUACUUCUAUUAAUACUACUAUUACUACUAAUACUACUACUACUACUACUACUACUUCCACUGCUUCUACUACUACUACUACUACUGCUGCUUCUACAACUACUACUACUACUGCUACUACUACUACUACUACUACUACUACUCUGAAGGAAUAUCUGGAGGAUACUAGUAUUCAUGGGCUUAAAUACAUAAAUCCUGACCGAGGUCAUCUUGUAUCACGGAUAUUCUGGGCAGUCGGGUUUACGGCCAGUUUACUCUGCGCUGUUUAUUUGAUAUAUUUGGUGGUUGAGAAGUCUGUCACAUCUCCCAUCAUUGUAGCCUUUGCUAGCUCAUCAACACCGAUCUGGGAUAUACCGUUUCCUUCUCUUACCCUUUGUAAUAUUAACAAGGUUCGAAGAUCAGCAGCAGAGGAAACUACUAGAGGGCUCAAACUUUACCCAAACGAUCCAAUCUUGCGUCAAAAGGAGCCUAGAUAA